AUGGCCAAGCGGGAGGCCAGCGCCAGCCCGGUGGUGCGGCAGAUUGACAAACAGUUCCUGGUGUGCAGCAUCUGCCUCGACCGCUACCGCAACCCCAAGGUGCUGCCCUGCCUGCACACCUUCUGCGAGAGGUGUCUCCAGAACUAUAUCCCGCCCCAGAGCCUGACCCUCUCCUGCCCCGUCUGCCGCCAGACCUCCAUCCUGCCCGAGCGCGGCGUCGCCGCCCUGCAGAACAACUUCUUCAUCACCAACCUGAUGGAGGUGCUGCAGCGGGACCCCGAGAGCUGCGGCCCCCACCCCGGCCGCGGCCUGGACCCCGUCAGCGCCGUCACCGGCCGGCCGUCACGGGCAGCCCUGAGUGCCCAUGCGCAGGUGAUGGAGUUUUACUGCGAGCCGUGCGAGACGGCCAUGUGCCGUGAGUGCACGGAGGGGGAGCACCGGGAGCACAUCACCGUGCCGCUGCGCGACGUGGUGGAGCAGCACAAGGCGGCCCUGCAGCAGCAGCUGGACGCCGUCAGGAGCAGGUACGGGGAGCGGGGGGCUGGGGCUCUGCUGGGGUUUUCCUCCCGUGGUGCCUGCCCCGUGCCCAGCACCCGUGCGAGACGGCCAUGUGCCGCUCCCGCAGCUGGCGGCGGCCAUCCGGCCGGGGUCGGAGCUCAGCUGGCGGCGGCCAUCGGGCUGGUGUCGGAGAUCAGCCAGCAGCUGGUGGAGCGCAAGAACGAGGCGGUGUCGGAGAUCGGCAGCACCUUCGAGGAGCUGGAGGCGGCGCUGCGGCAGCGCAAGGGGCUGCUAGUGCGGGACCUGGAGGCCACCUGCGGGGCCAAGCAGAAGGUGCUGCAGGCGCAGCUGGACGCCCUGCGCCAGGGCCAGGAGAGCAUCCUCAGCAGCUGCGCCUUCACCGAGCAGGCGCUGCACCAUGGCACUGCCACCGAGGUGCUGCUGGUGAAGAAGCAGAUGAGCGAGCGGCUGAGCGAGCUGGCCAGCCAGGAGUUCCCCGAGCACCCCCACGAGAACGCCCAGCUCGACUACGUGGUGGAGACCGAGGGCGUCCGCAAGUCCAUCCUCAACCUGGGCGUGCUGAUCACCACCAGUGCCACGGCCCACAAGACGGUGGCCACGGGCGAGGGCUUGCGGCACGCUGUGGUGGGGCAGCCCUCCUCGCUCAGCGUCACCACCAAGGACAAGGAUGGGGAGCUGGUGCGCAGUGGCAGUGCCAGCCUGCGCUUCCAGGUGACGGCGCCGGACGGCGGCACAGCCGAGGCGGAGGUGCAGGACAACAAGAAUGGCACCUAUGAGCUGCUCUACACUCCCCGUGCCGAGGGAGACUUCCUCCUCUCCAUCCUGCUCUACGGGCAGCCCAUCCGCGGCAGCCCCUUCCGCGUCCGCGCCGUCAAGGCCUCCGACGUGCCCCCAUCUCCCGACGACGUCAAGCGCCGCGUCAAGUCGCCCAGCAGCGGGCACAUUCGGCAGAAGGCCGUCCGGCGCCCCUCCAGCAUGUACAGCAGCGGCAAGAAGAAGGAGAAUCCCAUUGAGGACGAGCUCAUCUUCCGCGUGGGAAGCGUUGGCCGGGAGAAGGGGGAGUUCACCAACCUCCAGGGCAUCUCCACCUCCAGCAGCGGCCGCAUCGUGGUGGCCGACAGCAAUAACCAGUGCGUGCAGGUGUUCUCCAACGAGGGGCAGUUCCGGCUGCGGUUCGGGGUGCGGGGCCGCUCCCCCGGCCAGCUCCAGCGCCCGACCGGCGUCACUGUGGACAUGAACGGGGACAUCAUCAUUGCGGACUACGACAACCGCUGGGUCAGCAUCUUCUCCCCCGAGGGCAAGUUCAAGACCAAGAUCGGGGCUGGGCGGCUGAUGGGCCCCAAGGGCGUCGCCGUGGACCGCAACGGCCACAUCAUCGUGGUGGACAACAAGGCCUGCUGCGUCUUCAUCUUCCAGUCCAAUGGCAAGCUCGUCACCAAGUUUGGGAGCCGCGGCACGGCUGAGCGGCAGUUUGCAGGGCCGCACUUCGUGGCAGUCAACAACAAGAACGAGAUCGUGGUGACUGACUUCCACAACCACUCGGUGAAGGUGUACAACGCAGACGGCGAGUUCCUCUUCAAGUUCGGGUCUCACGGGGAGGGGAACGGGCAGUUCAACGCCCCCACGGGGGUGGCCGUCGACGCCAACGGCAACAUCAUCGUGGCCGACUGGGGAAACAGCCGCAUCCAG